AUAAUUUACGCAUGCGCAGUAACAACCAAGGCUAUAGCUUUUUCAGUCAUUUUGGCUUCAAAUCACGGACUACUACACGUGUAGUAGUCCGUGCUUCAAAUAUAAUACACAAGCAAAUACCGAGUGGCUACAUCCAUAGUAUAUGAUCUAAGGUACCUACAUCAUUUUUGAGACCAGUUUAAAUACGGUGUUGAGUAACGUUCUGCUAUCAAAAUAUAAUGGAGGAACAUAUAGAUAUACAACAUAAAUAUAUUAAAAUUGAGACUGAUUGCAUUCAACAAUUAGUAAGUAAUGAUAUUCGUAUUAAAAAUGAGAUGGAAGACAACAAUGAAGAAGAAUUUACUGAUAUUGGAUACAAUAUUGACAAAAACAAACAUAAAAACACUCAUUUUUGGACUGUAAGUGUUAACAAAGAUACCAAUACAGUAAUUAAAACUGAACAAGACGAAAUGGUAUUUGAUGAUUGUACGUUUAAAAGCGAAAUGAAAAUUGAAAUUCCAAGAAGUCUAAAUAAAAUAAAGGCUCAUGUUAUCGAUCCAAUAGAAAAUUGUGACAAUCUUAAUCCUACUUUUGGUGGACAGACACACAAUCGUGAAAAGGAAUACCAGUGCAACAUAUGUAAAAAGAGUUUAAAAAAAAAUACAAUUUAG